GAGCUUCACAAUCAACGGUCAUGGGUCAUUGUUACAGCCGGAACAUCUCCGCCGUCGAGGACGACGAGAUCCCCACCGGAAACGGCGAGGUUUCGAAUCAACCAUCUCAAUCAACGGAAAAUCACCGGCAUGCUUCGAUUCCUCAGUCUCCGGUUGCUUCUGGUGCUUCUGAAGUCAACUCCUAUAACAUUAGCCCUUUCCAAAGUCCGUUACCGGCGGGAGUAGCUCCAUCACCGGCGAGAACUCCGGGAAGAAAGUUCAAAUGGCCGUUUCCUCCACCGUCACCUGCCAAACCGAUUAUGGCGGCUUUGAGACGGCGACGUGGCGCUCCGCCGCAGCCUCGAGAUGAACCGAUCCCGGAGGAUAGUGAAGAUGUGGCAGAUCACGGUUGUGAUAACGGCGGAGGCGGCGGAGAGAGGUUAGAUAAGAAUUUCGGGUUUGGGAAGAACUUUGAAGGGAAGUAUGAGCUAGGGAAAGAAGUAGGGCGAGGGCAUUUUGGUCAUACUUGUUGGGCAAAGGCAAAGAAAGGGAAGAUGAAGAACCAAACCGUGGCUGUCAAAAUCAUCUCUAAAGCUAAGAUGACGUCGACGCUAUCGAUUGAAGAUGUUCGUCGAGAAGUGAAAUUGCUGAAAGCUUUAUCAGGGCAUAGGCAUAUGGUUAAGUUCUAUGAUGUAUAUGAGGAUGCUGAUAAUGUCUUUGUUGUUAUGGAGUUAUGCGAAGGUGGAGAGCUGUUGGAUAGAAUUUUGGCGAGAGGUGGACGAUACCCUGAAGUCGAUGCCAAACGUAUUCUUGUGCAGAUUUUGUCUGCAACAGCAUUUUUCCACCUUCAAGGUGUUGUGCACCGUGAUCUGAAGCCGGAGAAUUUUCUCUUUACCAGCAGAAAUGAGGAUGCGAUACUCAAGGUCAUAGAUUUUGGCUUGUCUGAUUUCAUUAGAUACGAUCAGCGUCUCAAUGAUGUUGUAGGGAGUGCGUACUAUGUUGCACCUGAAGUACUCCAUAGGUCUUACAGCACUGAAGCAGAUAUGUGGAGCAUCGGUGUCAUAAGUUACAUACUUCUUUGUGGAAGCAGACCUUUCUAUGGAAGAACUGAAUCUGCAAUAUUCCGCUGUGUGCUUAGAGCAAACCCUAAUUUUGAGGAUAUGCCCUGGCCUUCAAUAUCUCCUACUGCCAAGGACUUCGUGAAAAGGCUUCUGAAUAAGGACCAUAGGAAACGAAUGACAGCUGCUCAAGCUCUAGCUCAUCCGUGGUUACGUGACGAAAACCCCGGUUUACUUCUUGAUUUCUCGGUCUACAAGUUGGUCAAGUCCUAUAUCCGUGCCUCACCUUUCAGACGGUCAGCACUUAAGGCUCUCUCGAAAGCUAUACCCGAUGAAGAACUUGUGUUCCUUAAGGCACAGUUCAUGCUCCUGGACCCUAAAGACGGAGGCCUAUCCCUUAACUGUUUCACCACGGCCUUAACAAGAUAUGCUACUGAUGCUAUGAUGGAAUCAAGGCUUCCUGACAUUUUAAACACGAUGCAACCGCUUGCGCAAAAGAAACUCGACUUUGAUGAGUUCUGUGCGGCUGCGGUCAGCGUUUACCAACUGGAGGCUCUUGAAGAAUGGGAACAGAUUGCAACCUCAGCAUUUGAGCACUUUGAACAUGAAGGAAACCGACUCAUAUCGGUCCAAGAACUCGCGGGGGAGAUGAGCCUGGGACCGAGUGCAUAUCCUCUGCUCAAGGAUUGGAUCCGGAGUUCAGAUGGAAAGCUGAGUUUCUUGGGCUACGCUAAGUUCUUGCAUGGUGUGACUGUACGGAGCUCAAGCUCGAGACCUAGGUGACACAUCAUGAUGUAAAGUCUUCUAACAUGUGAAUUGAGUUUCAAGAAACAUCCUAAACAAUGUCGUCAUCAGAGACCUUGGAUUCAAAGAUAAAAACAUGAAAUUGAA